UGCUCCUUUGCUUUUUGAAUGGCUAAUGUUGGUCCUUAACAUAACUUGAUGCAGAUACAGAGCAACAGGAAGAGCAAGACACAUUGUCACAGCUGCAAUAGGUUGGUAGAGGGGCGGACUGACAACUCAUGGGGCACCCGGGCAAUAGGGGAUCAUGGGGCCCCUGUGUCCUUGCCCAAACUCAAAAAAACCUAUGAAAAAGGUACCAGGGGCAUCUCAUGGGGCCCCCUACUGACCCCGGGUACUCGGGCAGUGCCCGAGUUUCCAAAUGGUCAGUCCGCCUCUGGCUGC